AUGUCCCGGUCGCUGCAGCAGCUCGGCGAGGCGCUCUACCAGCGCAUCAGCGCUCUCGCCAAGCAGGGCGAGCUCGACCUUGCCGGCAAGGUGACGGGAAUGAUGCUCGACGCCUUCCCCGAGCCCGAGCUCAAGAGCCUGCUUGACGACAGCUCCGCGCUGCGAGAGCGGGUCGUCGCCGCGGUCGCGAUGCUGCCCCGCGAGUACCAGGACGCGCUGCUGCCCGACGAGGCUCCGAGCCCUGGCGGCCCGUCGCCCACCUCCGUCAUGGGCCGCCUCGAUGGCUUUUCAAAGGAGGGCAAGCUUCCCGAGCCGGCCGAGUCGGAUGCCGCCGAGCCACGCGCCGCCGCCGCCCUCGAGGAGGGCGGCGCCGUCGGGUGGGCGAGCGUGGAGGCGGCCGGCGGCAUGGCGGACUGCCGCUCCUUCCCGCCCGAGAGGCAGGCGGCGGCGCUGCUCCAGAUCAAGACGGAGGGCGCCGCCGCGAAGAAGGAGAGGGAAGCCAAGCGGCGCAGCAAGGCCGCGCUCUCGCCGCCAGCCACGCCGGCCGCCGUCGCCAAGGGCUUCGACACGCUCGCCGUCGGCGACUGGCCGGCGCUCGGGAGGCGAGGCGUAUAG